UGGAUACUAGAUAUUUUUCGUAGAAACCAAGAUGGCGUCGGACGACGAGGAUGUGCCAGGUUUGUUUAUCUUUUUAGUUUCCCUUUGUUGUUAGGUUAAAACUUUUCCAUAACUGCUGUACAACUGAUAAAUCGUUAUUUAGGGGUGUGUCACAUUUUGCAUUUAAAUCGUAAAUUUUGCUUUGCUUUGCUGCAGAUUCUGGCGCGGUGUUUACAUUUGGCAAGAGCCGUUUCUUGGACAACAAAUUUUGGAUUCGCGAUGAUGCAGUCAUCCACCUCUCUUGUGGAGACGAGCAUUCCGCCGUCGUUACAGGUAGCCUUGACCAAUAUAUUUUUCUACGUUAAGUUUUCUUAUCACCUUUUCCGUUUCUAAGUGUAUUAAUUUUUUGCGUUUAAAAUUCGACAAGCUGUACACAGUGAUCAAUCUGUGCGAUCGAAGUAGAAAUCUUUCCUUAAAAUACUGGAAAACACUGAUUUCAAGGUAACAAUGUACUUUAUUACGCAGAAAAUGGAAAGCUCUACACGUUUGGAAGCAAUGAUUGGGGACAGCUGGGUCAUGGUAGCACAGUACAGUUUCCUAAUCCAAAGCUUGUCAAACGUAAGUUUUAUUACAUUAAGGAUGACAAAUUUUGAAAUGUGGCAGUUGCAGAACAGUUCGAGUAAUUAAAUUGAUCUCAUUGCGAAAGUGGAGGAGAGAUUGUUAAAUUUCAUAAUUGAAAGCUAUAACGAGAAAACAACCCGGUUCUCGUUAGAAAUGCGAGUUGUUGAAAAGCGGCGUGCAAUUUUUAUUUGAAUUUGUAUGUUUGCGUAUUGUGCCUCUUAAAUGUAACCUAUUUUAAUAAGUGUUUUAAUUACAGUUACUUCUGACAUGAAUAAUUUAUCGGGUUUUUUCAUUUAUGAUGACAGUAAUAUCCUUGAUCACCGACACAUUCAAUAUUCCUUUUUGUUUGUUAUUUUUAUACUAAAAAUAUACUCUAGAAUAAUUGUUUUAACUUUCUAGCCGUCAUUUUAUUGUUAACAAUUUCUUAUAUAUGGUGAAUUUAACACGUAAAAAAUAUCAUAAGAAGAGGCAAAAAAACAGUGAAAGUCUCCUAACCAUAUUCCUUCCUUAGGUCUCCCACAUCUAAGUCUUUACUACUGUCUUUUGAAUUUUACACCUCAUUGCUAAAUCUUGUAUUUGUACUUUUUUGGGGAGGGGGGGGGGGCUGGGGUGCCAUUGGAGUUUAGUCAAUCUGGUGUGAGGUAAAGAAGAGUAUAGAGAGGGAAAAGUUACUUUGAAAUUUGGGGGCUGGAUUUGCUCAUCUCAUUCUAUUUUUAUGUGGUCAUUUUUCUUUUGUUUUUCUUUUGUGCUGGAUACAGACUUAUUAGAUUAAGAGAGAGAUUAAUUUCUAACAGGCAAGAGAGGUUUACACAACAAUUUUAGUAUUGCAUUCCCACUAGGAUAGGAUGUUAAAUGGUUAUACCUUGCUUCUUAGCAAUUUUUUAGUGUACUGAAAGUUUGCUGUUACCUUCCUACACUUCUUUGGUUAGAGAUCCACAAGAUCAUUUAAAUGUUUUUCUGCCAAAAGAACAAAGAAACCCAGACUCUGCUCUAAAAAGGACCUCCCAAUGUAGAAACCAUCACUCUCAUGACCUCAUCUCCCUUGUGGAUGCUAAAAAGGGUGAAAUGGCAGUGAUAUCAUUGCUGUCCAACUUUUCUCUACAGGCUUGAAACCAGAAAAGGUUAGGCUUGUUGCUGCUGGAAGGAAUCACACAAUUGUAUCAACUGGUCAGGAGAGACAUUUGUUCAUACUAUUUUGAAAUUUCAUGAUUGUCUUGUGAAUUUUUCUUGGUUGUAUAUCCGGGUGCAGCUAAUCUAGACUUAGGGUGAAAUCUUAUCUCAGAUUUGAAAGUUUUAAGAUAAAAUUCAUUAUAUUUCUUUUUGUCUAGCAUUUGAUCAUUAGUUGUUCUAAAAAUUAGAGAAAAUUAUGCAAAAAAAGCUUUUAAACAAAGGAUUAAUAAUUAAAGAAACCUAGAUUAAAAUUUAACCUUGGAGUUAAUCGUCCUUCAAACAGCUGGGUCCAGGACUGUUACUCUUCGUACUGCUCUGUAAGUGCACAGUGCACAGUUUACAGCACAUUUACACAUAAAAUGUUAAUGAAACUUGAAUGCACAAAUUUUGUCUUACUAAUCAUAGCAAAACUAGAAUAUCACAUUCACUACUUAGCCCUUCAACUCUCAUGAUGUGACAUUAAUUCUCUUCUUUAGCUAGAACAUAUUGCCUCAUACAAAGUAAUUACUACUCAUUUAACCCUAAAGUAAUGAUUUUUUUCAUUCAGAAUCUGGAAAACUUUACAGUUUUGGUUGUGGCGUUGAUGGACAACUAGGUCAUGGGAACUGUGAGGUAAAGGCCCUAGAACUUGCUUCUUACUUGUGACCUCUUAACCAUUUACACCCAAAAAUCAGGAUCUAUAUUCUCCAUAAUGUCUACUGUACAUUUCUUAAUGGUAUUGAUGAGGAGAAACAAGAGCUACUUUAUUCAGCAAUGAUUGUUUAUUAUACUCAUGACCUUAAUGUUUAAAUCAGUGGUGGUACUGUAGGAAUGAAAAGGUUAAAAAAAUUAAAACAUCGUUUCGACAGAAUAGAGCUGACAUAGGAUUGAAAAAAAAGCCAAAACUAGCUUAAAAAAAAAGGAUGUCAUUGUUAGAUUCUUAAAAGAUUUUCACUCAAGGGAAGCAGUAAACCAAGAUGGCAGUUGUGGCCUAGAAGUGUAACAACAACUCCACUAAUUAAGCGCAAUAUGGAGGGAAAUAUUGGGCUAAUAUCAGUGACAUUGAUUUCUUGAAAAUUCUUGAUAUAGCGAUGUCAGCCUUGAAUAAACUAUACUUGAGAGAAUUUUCAUAAAAUUAUUAGUAAGAGUAGUUCCCUUUCAAACCAAGUGACCAUUCUAUGCAAGUCAAGGCAAGAGAAACAAGCUGUUGUAAUGGGGUUAAUAGAUACCAUUGUUGCUUUAUAAGAGGGGCAGUUACAGUUAUUACUAUAACUGAAAACUUUGGCAGAUUUUCUGUUUGUGCCUUUUGGUUGGUCCCAAAAUAUUUAAUUAGUUUGUCUUUAAGUCUGAAACAACAAAACAAAAAACUGCUUUGAUUCAAAGCUAUAAUCAAAGAUAAAAAUGCACCAUUAAGCACACUUGUGGAAUUCAGGUACAUCAUAUUAUUUUGAGAGUUAGGUAUUAUCAGGAAAUGCAAGAAAAUAGUUUGUGGUUUGUUUUGUUUUGUAGAGUUCUCCAGUUCCUAAAGCUAUUGAGUCUUUACCUGACCAGCAGUAUACAUUGCUUUCCUGUGGGUCAGACUUUACUGCUGCUGUUACUGGUAAGACUUUUAAAUUCUUCUAUACACUGCCAUUAAGGGGGUGUAAGAGUCUUUUUGUAAUUCUGUCAUAAGGAAAGAAUUCAUUUGUCACAUGAUUAUUUCAAAUUAUCUCAAACAAAGAUUAAAAUUGUUGACUGCUAUAUAAAUUAUACAAAAUUAUUGCAUAAAAUUAUUAAUUACCAUGUACUUAUUGACUGAAUGGGAGGGGCAGACAGAGAUAUUUGGCUGGCAAGGUCUGCAUGCCAUGAAUGAGAGCCAAAUAUUUUCCCAUCCAGCCCAACCAAACUUAGUCAAUUAGCAUUUUACCAUGUGACCAAUAAGUGUUGAACAUUUGGGAAAGUUUGUUUCAACCUAAAUUGGACUUGAUAGGUGAGCAUAUGGGGAACAAACACAAAAAGGAUUCUGUAAUAAAAAUUUAUCCCUCAUUUCUCCAAUUCAGAACACAGUUCAUCAAAAAAACAGGACUCUUUUCCUCUUUUUCUCUAAGCUUUUGCAACAGAGCUGUGUGAGUGAAGCAGGGCCAGACAGCUUUUUCUGGACAGGCUCACAUUGACUCAUCUGGCUUGAGACACAUCAGCUGUAACUACUCUAAUGUUUUUCUAUUGGAUUGCGUGUGCAGGACCAGAUGGGUUAUGAUAUGGGACUUGAUUUUUUAAUUGCUGGCAUGUGUUUUCAAACACAUAUAGUCUUUUAACUUGUGAUGCAAUCUGCCUGAUAUGACUAAGUAAUAGAGGAAAUACCUUGUACUUUGUAAAGACAAAUUUAAUUGUUUUCCUCUCUACAGAAGAAGGGCAACUGUACUCUUGGGGGUCAAACAGUGAAGGACAAAUAGGUCACGGUGAUGAGAUUGAUGAUGACAGUUGUGCAAUACCCACAAAAGUGAAGAUAAGAGGAAAAGUGGUGUCAGUGGCUUGUGGCUAUUAUCACAUGGCUGUUGUGACAGGUUAGUUAUUUCCAAACAGUUGUAAAAGGUUGAUCUACAUGUAACUAAGGAUCAACCUAUCUCAUACAUAACAACAACAUUUAAUUUACUUCAACUGCAGAUGAUGGUUCUUUGCUCACUUGUGGGGAAAAUGAAAGUGGAAAGCUAGGAUUAGAUGAGUCACAAACUAACAAUACAUCAAAACUACAAAAACUUUUUAGUAUAAAUGAAGAGGUUGUCUCUGUUGCAUGUGGUGGAAAUCACACUGUAGCAGUCACAAAAAAUGGAAAAUUAUAUUCCUUUGGACAAGGAGACCAUGGUCAACUUGGUCAUGGAUCUUCACUGUUAGAGUGCAGUUCUCCUAAACAAGUGACUUCUCUUAGAAAUAUAUGUGUACGAUAUGUUUCCUGUGGUGAAUCGCAUACUGCAAUUGUCACAAAACACGGAAACCUUUACACCUGUGGAGACGGACGACACGGAAAACUUGGCAUGGGGGAGGAAUCAUUCUCCAAUCUAUUCAAACUUGAAAAAGUGACUAGAUUUGAUCAAUUUACGGUUAAAACUGUGGCCUGUGGAGGGUGUCAUACACUUGUUGCGGCAGUUAAAACAACUGAAAACGGUGAUGGUACAGAUAGUGAGGCAGAGGCUGAGAAGGAUAUUCUUGCAUCUUCCAUUUCUUCAACUAAAAGUCUUCAAGAUGCUGUGGAUGGACCGUCACUGGCUGCCACUUUCCCUGCAGGAGGCGCAGCGAGGAAUAAACGUCGGCAGAAGAACUUAGAGGUAAAGUGUGCAUCAUAAAAUUUAAGAAGCUUUGUUAACAUCAGACAUAUAAUUACAUUAUGGUGAGAGGAACGUGCGGAGGCCGAUUUGGCCUGUAGUCAGACGAGUGAUUAGCAAACUCGAACGAUUGCAAAACGCGAGUAUGAUUCGCCAAUUGCAACUAUGAUUACAGAAAUAAUUGGACGGCACGAAGUUUUGUAAUCAGUUGGUCAAAACAAUGGCAAAAUGUCAGGACAUCAUACUUGAAAUUACUGUUAACUAGAAUUAAAACAUUUGACUCUUUACACAUGAAAAGAAACCAAGUAUUCUACAACAGGGCGCGCGAAUGACGUGUACUCUCCAAUUAUGAGGGUGACGUUGCGUGGUCUGCUCUAUUACAUUAUCUAAAUACAAGCACGACGUAUACAGUGUCCCAUUAGAGUUGUUAGAGUUUAAAAUCGGGCUUCUCACAACCAAUCACUUUCGAUGAUUCUGGUAUCGUUUUGACUGAUACAUACGGGUGACCAAAAGAUAAUCAAUUUGUGAAUACUUUGUUAACGAUUACUACUGUAGACUGUUUUUUUAUUGAGCGCAAAUGAAUUACCAUCACAAAUCGUUUAAAUUGUAAAUUUUAAUGCAGAGGGUCAGCGAAAGAGCGGGGCGAACGACAAUGCGUUGUUGUGAUUGCUAAGAAAACGGUUGAGUUUCUCGCACGCAAAUUUUUUCAGUCCACUGAUCGAAAUUGCCGCACAGGCUUAGGCUUCCAUAGCAGUUAAUGUGAGUGUAAGAUCAUGAUCUUACACAUAUAUUAUUGUGUACUGUACAGGCCUCACGAACCUUUUUUCUUUUAACGUUUAGAACCUUGGUAACUCAGUGGGAGGCUCUCUGCCUCCAAUUAACAAGUCCGCCCUACCUCCUCUUUUACGAACAUUACCGGCUUUGAAGAAUGAGGUUUCCAAAGAUGAAAAAAUGGCUGUUAAUCCUCUAGACAUGUCUAUGUUACCUCAAAUAUCGAGAGAAGGUGGGUUUUUGUUUAUCAGACACUUUACUGCACAUCAAAGGUUUUAAGUCUCCAUGUAGUGCAAUGAGAUGUUGUUUAAAUCAAACUUUCUUUGAACCGUCAACAGCAGAAAAGGAGAAGAGAAAAGAUGAAGGCAAAAUUCAAAAGAUAUCUGGCAGCAAAGAGUCGAAGGUAUUUGGUUACUCUUGUUAGCAUCGGAAGGAUAUUGUAGUUUUUUUAGUUUUUUGAUAUCCUUAUUUGUAUUGAUAUACAUGUGCAAUUGUUUCUUUCGGAAAUGAAAUCUUUUAAUGAGGAUGAAUUUAUUGUAAGCGGUUGAUUUAUAUUGUUUCUCUAUGCAGGCGAGUAAAGCAGCUAAAAGGACAAGCCACUCGGAAAGCUCGUCUGGCAUUUCUGAAAGCGAAGAUGAAGAUGAGCAACAUGAUAGGCAAAAGGCUGACAAAACUUCGAGUCGUAAGCAGGAAAAGAAAGAAGAUGGUAAAAAGAAAGCUGAGGAAGAAUCUGAGGACUUAGAGGAAGACGAAAGCGGCAGCGAAGAGGAAGAUUCCUCCGACAGAAAGAAAGCGACAGAAACAAAGACGCAAGUAGAAACGGCUGCUAAAGAUGACAAGAAAGAGAAGGCUCCUUCUAAGGAAGACGGCGAAGACGAGGAAUCUGAUGAAGAAGAAGAAGAUAGUGACGAAGAGGGCGAGGAAAGUACAGAGGAGGCUAAUAAGCCCGAGAAGCGUGAACAACUUAAAGUUGUUGGAAAGAAAAUUGAAGUUGGAAAGGUUGAUAAAAAGAAGGAAGACGAAGAAGAGGAAGAAGAGGAAGAAGAAGAUUCUGAAGAAGAGGAAAGUGACGAAGAAGAAGAUGACGAUCAUGAUAAGAAUGACGAGGAGCAAGAGGGACCGAGUAAAAAUAAGAAACAGGUGGAAGAGUCUGGCAAGAAAAUAGACUCAAUAGAGAAAAACAAGAAGGCGGAUUCUAAGAAACGACAAGAGACUGAAGAGGAAAGUGAAGAAGAAGAAGAUGAGGAUGAUGAGGACAUAGAACAAGAUGAAGAUAAAGAUACUAAGAAAGGUAAGAAUAUUUUCUUGGUCAUAGUGUGCUAGUAUUCUCUCAUUGGAACUUCGUCACGAUUUUAAGUGAAAAACGUCGGUUUUUGCCUUUUGCAUGAUGGAAACCAGAAAUAUAAGGUUGGUGAGAUAGAAAAGACCAAACUAGAAAGAAAAAUCCAAAAAGGAACGAGAGUGAAGAUGGAAGAGAUUACGAAUGACAAAUUCUGAAAAAGAAGUCAUAGGUCUUCAUGAUGUGCAGAACAGGAAAUAGCUUUGAAACUGUCGCCUCUCGCUUGAAAACGGCCAGUUGCAGUUGUCUUAACCAUGCCCUCUUAGCCUGCAGUUUUCUCUAAUGAGGAGAUUUAGGGCGGGAAAGAUAAAAUAAAGGAAACAUUUACGUCAUCUCGGAUCAUUUCUUACCAAUCAAAGUGAGAUACUUUUGACUCAGUGUUAACUCUGAUUCAGAGUUUACCGCGUAAAAUCUCAGAUAUUAUUUAUUUAUUCUUUAUAUUAUUUAGACAAAUGAGAAAUGUUCUGUUCCUUUAGAUCUGUGUCCAAAACUCACCAUUUUGUUUUCUGUUUAUCAGGUAAAAAGGUUAAAGAAAAAACGGAGGAUAAGAAGAAGAAAAAAGCUAAAGAAGAAAAGACAGGAGAUGAAGAUGACCUUGAUAAAAAGAAACCUGGAAAUAAAAAAGACAAGAAAAAGAAGGAUAAGAAAGCAAAGGUGAGGGUUGGUUGCGCCUUUCUUUAUGUUUUUUUCUCAAGGUUAGUCGUUGCCAGGUGUAAUCUAGUCCCGUAGAAUCGAGAAAGUGAAUGGUUCAUUGGUAAUAGUAUUCAUUUACCUUGGAAACAACAAGAAGUCUGAAUCGCGGGUGGCAAAUCAUGUGCGGCGAAUCACGAGUGGCGUAAAGUUGCAUGGAUUGCGUCGUUUCACGUGACAAAGACGUAGAACAGUCAGAUACUAACCCUGGAAAAUCUUCCCAUGUAGGGGGGAAGAUUGAGAGGGAAACAGCGUUUAAACACGGUGGUAUUUUGAGAAAAUCGCAAGCUUAUCUAUCACGAGAUUUUCGAUGUCAAUUGGAUUUUGACCUACUUCUACUUGACACACUAGUUGUGCUCGUUCACGUGGGUAAUAUUGUUUUGCUUUUAAUUUUUCUUCAAGCGUAUAAGGAGGCCAUUUCACAAAAUUCGAGUCAGUUUUGUAAACAGGAAAAAAAAUGUCUAUUCAAAGACCAACAUGAAAUCUAAAUGAGAUUUAAAAAACAACAACUAGAGAAAAAACAGAAGCUACUGUCAGUCUGAGAGAAACUUAAAAUUUGAGGCAUUGAUAAACCGAGAAAUAACAAGGGUGGAUAAGAAUUCGACGUUCAAAUGAAAUGCAGAUAAUGAGCCUGAAAAGUUGAACUUUCCCAGUUGUGAAAACUUCCACGUAGUUCCUUUUGGAAGGGGUAGGUCGUAAUGGAUCCUUGACGGUUAGUUUGGCGGUCAGAAAUUUUUAUCGAUUGAUUUUUAAGCUGGAACAAGGCGUGGCGUAACUUUUUUUAACGGCACGAGUACUGAUGACCUUAUUAUUGGUCGUACUUGUAGGAGAGGGCUAAAGAAGACGAAGAUGAAGAUGAAGACCAAGCUGAAGAAAACGAAAAUGACGAAGACAAAGAAGAUGACAAAGAUGAGAAGGAUAAGGAUGAGAAAGAUGGUAAAGAUAAGAAGGACGAGAAGGAAAAUGGAGCCGAGGCAGGAAAGAAGAAAGCGAAAAAGUCUGGCAUUUGUAUUCUUUUGUGAACGAAAGAGGGAAAUUACUAAAUUAGAAACUCUCCAGUUUGUACUCUUGCUUGCUUGGUAGUCACCUUUACCAAACCAUUUCCACGGUAAACCUUUUGUCUUGGAAUGAAAUGCUUUUGACGUCGUGACACAUGCGACAACUAGGAAAUACAAAAAAGAAACGUCGAUUUCGAAUGAUCCUUUGGAAACUGUGUGACUUCUUAAAUUGGAGAUUCGAAUGCGUAUUGUUGAGACGUUAUAUUAUUUUAUAGACGUUUUUAUGAGGUGAUUUAUGAGCGGCGAGGUAACAGACGUUGUCCCAAUUUUUUUGUUUUGUAGCAUAUUUGGUAUUGCAGACCGUGAAAUGUUUCCAAUAACUUAGCAAACUUUCCAUAAUUGCCAGAUAAUGUACUGAAUUUUUUCAACGCUGAUCAUGUUAAGUGACCAAGUGAUGUCAAAGUGAAGAAGACUCCUUAAAACUUAAAAAGGUUUUUGAAUUUUUUUUUUUUAAUACAUACCACAUAAACAGUUUAUGAAAUGAAGAGUUCGGUAAAUAAAUUAUUUUCCAGUUGUCUUACUCCUAUACCUUGUGUUUAUCUCUGCAGAAACUUCUGACGUAAUUUCUGAC